AUCAGAAAUCCAUGUCGACUGUCGAGUGACGAGUCAACUGCCAUACAACACAGGGUCUCUGCCGUCGGUAUAUCGGGUCACUACUAGACUCGUACGUAUCGUGCACUGUAUGCUAACGUACACGUGUGUGGCACUUCGUGUUAAAAUACGCAUAUUGCAUUCACCGUUAUGUUCUACACUUCUACCUUUGUUGAUUCUUUGUUCUGGCCCUCUGGGUUUUCUGCACUUCCUUUUCGACUGCCUUUUAUCUUCCGCAGGUAUUCAAAAGUGGGGUGGGGGUGGGGGACAGAGAAGGAGCAAAUGAAGAGAUAGUAAUAAUGGGUACAAUACGAAAUGGUGGAGAGACAAAAGAGGAGAUGAAGAUGAUGGAAUGGGAGAAGCAAGAGCAGCAGCAGCAGCAGCAAAAUGGUGUGAUGAUGUACGUGAAGGUUAUGACAGAUGAGCAGAUGGAGCUUCUUCGGAAACAAAUUUCUAUUUAUGCCACCAUUUGUGAGGAGCUCGUCGAGAUGCACAAAGCCAUUACUGCUCAACGGGAUCUCGCUGGAAUGAGGCUGGGAAAUCUGUACUUUGAUCCAUUAAUGACUUCAUCUGGUCACAAGAUAACUGCAAGGCAGCGGUGGACCCCUGCACCCAUUCAGCUCCAAAUUCUUGAACGUAUUUUUGAUCAAGGCAAUGGGACUCCUAGCAAGCAGAAGAUCAAAGAGAUAACUUCUGAACUGGCACAACAUGGCCAAAUUUCUGAAACAAAUGUUUAUAACUGGUUCCAGAACAGGAGGGCUCGAUCAAAGAGGAAGCAACAAGUUGCAGUGCCAAACAAUGCAGAAUCAGAAAUAGAGAUAGAAGUUGAGUCCCCAGAUGAAAAGAAGGCAAAGCCAGAGAUCAUUCACUUGCAUGAGAAUCAAGCUCCAAGUGCUGAGGACAUGUGCUACCAAAGUCCUGGGAUAAUCUCUGCACUGCAUUCCGUGGAUCCACAGCAUAAUAAAGCAGAAUCCAUAUUCUCAUCAGAUAAUACUUCAAAAUCUUCUGUCAGCUUGAGUCACUUGUCUUUCUAUGAGAGUGUACUAUCAAAUUCAGGGUAUGAUCAUUUGAUUGGAAAAAUGGAAGGCCCAGGGAGCUUUAAUCCUUACCGGCAGGGGGAGGGCUAUGACAUGAUCGGAUGACACUUUUCUCAUCCAGUAUUGUUUUGUUACACAGGAAUGUAGCAACUUGAGUCCAUGCCAUUGGUAGGUUAAAAUUCAUGAACUUGACAACAGGUCAAGUAGAAAAGUUAUGUUCGACAGUGCAAAUAUAUGGAUCAUAGGAAACAUAGUUCACAUUACAAGCACAUACAAAAAGUUAGUCUAGCAGGACUUUAUUAGAUAGUUGAAAUUUACAGUUUUACACUGAUUACAAGAAUGGGGACAUUUGAAACUUGGAAACACGGUAUCAACGUCACGAUGAUACCGGCACCUACAUACGGUGUUACUUUGCAAUUGGUCAUCGACUGAUUUCUCGUCCAUGUUGACUGGUUUGCUUGUCAUGAACGGUGAACAUAUUGAUUAGAACUGAUCUGCUGAGUAGCCUUCAGCUUUAUUAAUUGUACUGUUCUUCAGUAUAUUGUCCUUAUUAUCUGUCAAUACUAUUAGGGUUAGAUUGUAAUUCUUUC